AUGGAGAGAAAAGGAAGCAGGAGAGAAAACGAAUGCGAAGAAAAAAACAGCAACUCUGAAAGCUCCGAGCUAGACAAGGACUAUAAAACGUCUCUGAUUACUCUGAAUGUCGGUGGUUAUCUAUAUAUCACACAAAAACAGACACUAACCAAGUAUCCAGAUUCUUUCCUGGAGGGGAUCAUAAAUGGAAGAAUAAUGUGCCCAUUUGAUGCAGACGGUCAUUACUUCAUAGACAGAGAUGGACUCCUUUUUAGACACAUCCUCAACUUCCUACGGAACGGAGAACUUCUUCUACCAGAGGGGUUUCGAGAAAAUCAACUUUUGGCACAAGAAGCCGAAUUUUUCCAGCUUAAGGUACUCUCAGAAGCAGUGAAAUCAAGGUGGGAGAAAGAACAGCUAGCAUCCCGAGAGACUACUUUCCUGGAAAUAACUGACAGCCACGACCGUUCUCAAGGACUUAGAAUCUUUUGUAAUGCUCCUGAAUUCAUUGCAAAAAUAAAAUCCAGAAUUGUACUGGUGUCCAAAAGCAGGCUGGAUGGAUUUCCAGAGGAGUUUUCAGUAUCUUCAAAUAUUAUACAAUUCAAGUACUUCAUAAAGUCUGAAAACGGUACACGAUUGGUACUGAAGGAGGACAACACCUUUGUCUGCACCCUGGAAACUCUUAAAUUUGAGGCUAUUAUGACGGCUUUAAAAUGUGGAUUUAGACUGCUGACCAGUCUGGACUGUUCAAGAGGGUCGAUUGUUCACAGUGAUGCACUGCAUUUUAUCAAGUAA